UACAUGGAAACCAGCUGAAUUCGUUGUUCAACUAAACAGUUAAAAAGGAAAUCCCUGGGGAGACAGAAAUCAACUCUUCCCUUUUCCUUGAGGACCUCUCUGCACACCAGCCCUCUGCUCAGUCCCGAGAGGCCCAGAGCUGAUACACCUCAGAUCACCUCUUCCUCCUGGGAGAGAGAGACAGCGAAGGAAAGCCUGAGGGGGAAAAAAGGAAGAAGGGGUGAAAGAGAAAAGGAGGAAGUCCUGACAGUCACAGAGGAGCCUACUCGCCAUUACCAUCAUCAUUCAGGGCACACAUCUAAACUGGAAGGAAAUCCUGUCUGGUCCUCUUCCCCUGCUCUCUCACCUGAUUGUGCUCGGCCUCUUUGACCUCUUGUGGAAUACCCAGUGCAGGUCUGGAUUUGGCCCACCUGUGUGUGUUGUUAAUCAUUAGGCCGCUAGACAAGUCUGCUUCUUCCUCUACCCUGACCCCUGGAGGAUAGAGGGGUGCGGAACAGGCUACGGGCAACGGGCCGCCGCUGAUGUCAAGCUCCGGAUUAACCACCGAACCCAAUUAAGGAGGAGGCAGGCGGCAGAGGACCCAUCUGGAGUGGGACUGUUUUCCCAGUUACAUUAUUCUUACUUACGUGCAUUCAUUCAUUUGCUCCAUUUCCCUCACACACACUCUGUUUUUCACUCUCUCUCUCUCUCUCUCCCUUGUCUUCCUUUCUCAGACAUUUCUUCAUUUCUCAUUUCUUUCUCAGACACCAAUUCUGUGUGCUAACCUCUGUGUGCUCAUGUGUCUCUCCAUAUUAUUGGUCGUGUAAUUGCCUUCUCUCGCCUGCUAAUUCUCUGCUCUGCUCUGGGCUGAGGGUCCCUUGACAUGCGGUGACCUUUGGAGAGGCCAAAUCGUCUGCCCCUCUGAGAUUUUCUUCUUUCUGAUUCCCUGUCACUCUAUCUGUCUCUCUCCCUCUCUCACUUUGUCCCUCAGGCUUCCACCCCCUUUCUUGUCCUUUCUCUCUGUCUGUCUGUCUGUCUGUCUGUCUAUCUCUCUCUCUCUCUCUCUCCGCUUCAGACACGCAUGCCCACACAUGCCCCAUGCCCCCACCCUCACCUCACCCCAGCUUCAGUAAAUGUCACUGACCUGGCCAUUGAAUCAUUCGGGUGAAAAGGUUGCUUUCCACCCUCGACAUUUAUUUCCAAAGGACGUGAGGACCUCUGUCUCAAACGCCGGAGGAGCUCGGAGGGCAGGCAGUAUAGAAUGUCUGACCCCACCGCCUCAGGGAAUAUAAAGGCUAGUCGACUUGCCCUGCUUGACAGAGGCAUUCUGGGAGUUGACUUUCCACACUAAUUAAGGGAAAUAUUUUUGCGUUCCUUUUUCUCUCUCCCAUGACCUCACGUCAGGUAAUUGCGACUCCUUCUCGUUACUCUUGAGGCCACGGUUCAUUUGAAGGACAUAGAACAUUUCCUUCCUUCCUUCCUUCCUUCCUUCCUUCCUUCCUUCCUUCCUUCCUUCCUUCCUUCCUUCCUCUCCAUCUCUUGUUCUCUCUCUUUCUCUUUUUUUCUCUCUCUUGCUCUCUCUCUCUCUCUCUCUCUCUCUCUCAUACUCUCCACCGUUGUUUCCACUGUGUAGAUUGGAUUCGGAGCUGGGGGCUGGGGGCGAGGUAAUUGCCAUUGACGGAGGGACUUAAUGAUGGCUCUCUGGGUCUCUGGGCUGUCGUGCCCCUGGAUUAUCGGCAGCUCUGAGGAGGCUUUCGCACCACAGUGAUUAUUUUGCAGCUCUCUGGACGUCUUAUAUACUACAGAAAACGCUUCCUUGCGGGUCCCUGACAUUUGGAAGGAAUUACUUUUAAGUCCCUACACACACCACACACAGACAAGCAUAUUACACACACAGACUGUAUGUUUGCAGAAGAUAGAAGUACACAGGCAGGUUUGGAAGGAAGUACGUUCCAGACAUGCCUAUAGGGAACGUGGAGUGCAGAUACACUGCAGUGAUUUGUUUUCUAUCUGCCAGUAAAAGUUGAUUUUGGGGAGGAAAGUUUAUCCCAUAAAGAGCAAUAGCCGAGUUCACCAGAUGGCUUUUAAAAAGGAAACAGUCAGAAAAACUGAAUAAAACAUCUGGAGUCAGAGAGGCAUCGAACUGACAUUAAAUUUCGACCUCAGGCGAUCCACCCACACAUCCACUCAGUUGCAUUGCACGCCUACACGCACACACCAACACACACACACAAACCAUGCACACAAACGUCACACUGACUCUGAGCCCAAAGCACUGAAGAGUGACUGGAGUGUUUAGCAGAAUUCCCCCUGCAGUCACUCUGAUAACCUCCCUAGACCUCUCUUCCACCGAUAUUUUAGGGCAUUUUGGGACAAUUUCAUCCCCUGCUGUUUUUUUAUUCCGCCUCCAUCUAUUCCUGCCCACCUCAUCCGUGUUCUCCUACCACUAACCCACCCUACUGUGCCCGCUGUGCUCCCAUUUGCGGUGCCUGCUGCUGUGCUAUGCCCCAUCGCUGCUGCCACCACCACCCUGCCCAGGAGUCAUGCCCAUCCCCGAGAUGGCUCUGACCCCCGUCAAGUCUCUGCACUGGGAGGUGUUCCCGCCCAUGCCCACGCGCCGGGUCUACUGCACUCCGGUGCUCCACGACGGCCGGCUCUACGUGCUGGGUGGCUGCAGUGAGACCGGCCUGUCCCUGGACACCGCGGAGGUCCUGGACCUGGAGAGCCUGUGCUGGAGCACGCUGCCCCCGCUGCCCACAGCCCGCGCCGGGGCCUCGGCCGUGGCCCUGGGGGGCCAGCUGGUGGUCAUGGGGGGCAUGGACGCUCAGCAGAGCCCCCUGGCGUCAGUGGAGGCGUACUGCAUCGACGAGGGGAGAUGGGAGAGGAAGGCCGGACUGGGGCAGCCGUCCAUGGGCAUCACAGCAGUGGAGAAAGAUGGGAGAGUGUAUGCGCUGGGAGGAAUGGGAGCAGACACGUCUCCCCAGGCCCUGGUGAGGGUCUAUGAGCCAGCCAAGGACCAGUGGCUGCCCCUGGCUACCAUGCCAACGCCCCGCUAUGGCGCCGCCUCCUUCCUGCGUGGGAACAAGAUCUACGUGCUGGGUGGUAGGCAAGGCAAGUUGCCGGUGACGGCGUUCGAGGCCUUUGACCUGGAGGUGAAGAGCUGGACGCGCUACCCGUGCAUCCCCAGCCGGCGAGCCUUCUCCAGCUGCGCGGCCACCGAGACAGCCUUCUACAGCCUGGGGGGCCUCCAGCAGCCCGGCCCCCACAACUUCUACUCACGGCCCCACUUCGUUAGCACCAUGGAGGAGUACCACACAGAGCAGGUGUGA